CCAUAGAAAGGAUUCCACUAUCGGCCUCUCGCUAAUAAGUUUUCUCUCCUUCUUCUCCUCUUCAUCGGACCUCCGCCGGAUCUAGAAUCAGCAGAAUCGGCCAAGAUCCCGAAGCAAUCGAGCAAUGGAGUGCUGGGAUCGGAUGAUUUUCCCUUUGAAACGCGUUUGGAUCGGCAUCGCUGCUCGCAUCGGCUUACAGAAGAACGGGCCGAGGAAGCUGAGGCAGGAGGUGCGGACCUGCGAAUACGAGGAUGUUCACGUGAUGUGGGAGAUGUUGCGGAGAACUGAUAGAGAGAUCGCCCGAUGUCCGCCAUUGAGCAGCCGGCGGGAUCUGAAGCGUCGCCGCUUGGCCGUAUUGGAUUGGGUGCCUUACAAUCUCUGCGCCAGAUUUUGAUCAUUUUCUCGGGAAUCCGGCCGAUGCCGACGAGGAUGAAUGAUUUCGUCAUGGAUCGUUUCCCCUCCUUCCGUUCUCUUAUCUUCUUCUUCUCUCUCUCUCUCUACACGGAGUUGAGGGACUUGUAAUUUAGUGGAAUCGCCUUAAAAAAAAACCAAAAAGAUUUCAUGUGUUCACGAUCGGCAGAGAACACAUAAUUCAGAUAUGUUCUGGAUGUCUUUUUUUUUCUGUUCUGUUGAGCGAUUUGGAUCGUCUCGUGAGCUCGAUCGGAGAUUCAAUCAUGUCCUUUGCCCUUCAUGUCAUGAUCUGUUCGUGAUCAAAUAAUAAAAAAAUAAGAAGACAGGUGAAGGUCGAUCUCCUGUCAGCGAGUUAUUCAAA